AAAACAGUUGAGAAUUUUUUUCAGAAAUAAUGCACCCAAAGUGUGGAAUUAUUCUACUAUCCCUAAUUUUUAUAUGUAUUACAGAGAUAGAAUCGCGAAAAGUGACUCAAAAACCUGCAGCUCCACCACCACCAAAAAAUGACAAAUCGUGGGUUAGAUCGAAAAUCGACUCGGCCAAGGAGAAAUAUCAUGCCGGGAAGGAGAAGCUCAAAACGAAAAUAUCCGAUGUGAAGAGUAAGCUGAGGGGUCCAGCUCCGACUCCGCAACCGAGACCUCCAGCUCAGAACAAUCUACCAAAAUCCCAGUAUGGUUGGAACACGCAGGCUCCAGGCCCCAGGGCGCCUGCUCCAGCCCCUACUAGACCACAAUAUGGAGUUCCAGCUCCCAGAGCCCCUCAACCAACAAUUCCAGCUCUAACUACGAAAAAGUCAGUUUUCGAGCGUCUGAAGGAAAAAGCUAAGGGAAAAGAGAAAUAUGUUGGGAAAGCAGUCGGCUGGGCGAAGAAAGACCUGGGAAUCGGAGUUGAAGGACCGAAGAAGCCGUCAAAAAUUUUAAAGUUUGGGAAGAAAGCAGUGGAUUUUAUGUUUAAAAAGAAAACUCCAAAAACUCAAAACCCGGCACUUGUUCAUUCUUCAGGACAGAUUGUUGGGCAGGUUGCUUCUGGAAGCCACGGCCUGGACCGCAAAGUUGAGUACCUGAAAAGUCGCCUAGACAUCAUGCAGUCCGAGAUUCAAGGCACCUGGAAUACCAGUGAGUCAGGCACCAAGUACAAAAUCUUCGAGGAGAGGAUGAACUGGAAUGAUGCGCAGCUCCACUGCGAAGAGCUCGGCAGUCACCUGGCCUACUUGGAUAGUGAAUCUAAAAACACCUAUGCCACGUCUCUAAUCGAUUCUCAAAACAUUAGCAUGGUCUGGUUCGGCCUGCGGACUGAAGUAGGCUUGGGCUCAGGCUCAGACACCUACUCAAAUUUCUCGAACCUUGAUGGUUGUGGAGUGGUUGAUCGGAAUGGCACAUGGAGCAUCAGCUCAUGUGCCAUCGAGCUUCCCUAUCUGUGUCAGGCAUUCCGAUUUAAUGUUCUUGUGGAGAUCCCAUAAUUUUUACCCGUAAUCUUUUUAUUAAAAAAAUUCAAAUUGUGAUCAUUAAAAUGAAGCCGGCCAGCGCCAAGUAGGGUCUCAGAUACUCCCCGAGUACCGGGAUCCAUAGGAGGUAUUCUGUGAUGUACCAGUACAGCUUGAAUUGUAAACGUCCCCAGGAUGGGAGGUUUUUCGAGAUUUGAACUUCUACAGUACCAUUUUCCAUACGAGAUUUGGCGGAGGAGAUCUGAAAUUUGCAGAAAUUUGAGGAAUACCUGAAAUAA